AUGGCGGGGUCUCUCCUGAACUCAGCGCUGGCGUUUGCCUUGCUACUGGUCGCUACAGUUCAAGCCAAUGCCGUUCAAAAGACCGCGGACUGGCCGUCGCUACGCUUCCACUUCACGCUCAAGCGCGAUACCAUGAAAAUCCACGGCCAGUCGCAGUUCGACAUCUACGGCAACCCCAUAGUAUCAGCGAAGACGAACACUGUGCUCUACGACGCGUUCGCCACGUUCACGGAGCAUACGACGCUGUACAACUACACUCUACUCCACGGAGUGGCCUACUCUUCGAGUACCCCGUACACGGGUAGUCCGGAGGACGACAGCAAGGCGAAACCUACGGUUGCGUGUCUGGAUAAGGAGACGGCUAAACUUCCGUCCAUCAACGCCAUCGUGGCUGCUAUCGGCGAUGCCACCGCUGUGAACAAGGCGAGUGGCAGUAACUUCGACUGCUCCAGUGGCAGUUUGUUCAAGGUUACGGUAAAUCGCGUUGAAUUCGCGCUGUGUGCGUCGGGUUCGACUGGGUUUAAGCUGCAGGGCACGGAUAUGGACAUCUCGGUGGAGUUUUUGGAGAGUCAUAUCGAUAUAUAUGUCCCUAAACUGGCUGAGAAGAAGAGAUUGCAGUGCACGUCCGUCGCAUCGCCAAGUCCAAUUACCCCUGUUGGGAAGGCGCUGCUUACUGGACAACCGGUGCCU